CUAAACGCUUCCCAUCUCUCUAAAAUUCAUUUACUUUCUCUCUGUAGUUGAUAUGUAAAACCCAUUAAAAAGUGCUGAAAUUUCAUUGAUUUCAUUGUUUGCCUUCUUUUAGAGCAGCAAAAAACCUUCAAAAGUUCUUUCCCAUCCAUGGCUACUUCUUCUAGCUUUCUUUCUUGUGCUCUUUUCAUCUACAUUUCCUUGUUUCUAAGCUUCACUUCAGCUGAAGAUCCAACCGUUACAUACCAUUUUGAUAUUUCUUACAUCACUGCUUCACCUCUUGGAGUCCCGCAACAGGUUAUUGCUAUAAAUGGGAAAUUUCCAGGCCCUACAAUAAAUUCAACUACCAACAACAACGUUGUUGUCAAUGUGAGGAACAAAUUAGAUGAAGACCUUCUUCUUACUUGGGCCGGCGUACAGCAAAAACGGAGUUCUUGGCAAGAUGGUGUUCUUGGUACUACUUGUCCAAUACCCCCAAAAUGGAACUGGACUUACAACUUUCAAGUUAAAGAUCAAAUCGGGAGCUACUUCUACUUCCCCUCGCUCAAUUUUCAAAGAGCAUCCGGUGGAUUUGGUGGAUUCAUAAUCAACCCACGCUCCGUCAUUCCUAUCCCAUUUGACAACCCAGCUGGCGAUAUCACAGUCUUGAUAGGUGACUGGUACAUAAGAAACCACACAGCUUUAAGACACACUCUUGAUGCUGGACGUGAUCUUGGAAUGCCUGAUGGUGUUCUUAUCAAUGGCAAAGGCCCAUAUAGAUACAAUGACGCUCUUGUUCCUGAUAAAAUCGAUCAUGAAACCAUAAAUGUUGAACCAGGCAAAACGUAUCGCAUUCGUGUGAGCAAUGUUGGAGUAUCAACUAGUUUGAACUUUAGAAUUCAAAACCAUAACUUGCUUUUAGCAGAAACAGAGGGCUCAUAUACAGUGCAACAAAACUAUACAAGCUUAGACAUACAUGUGGGACAAACAUACUCCUUUUUAGUCACAAUGGAUCAAAAUGCAAGUAGUGAUUACUACAUUGUUGCUAGUGCAAGAUUUGUUAAUGAGUCCACCUGGCAACGUGUUACUGGUGUUGGUAUCUUGCAUUACUCCAAUUCCAAAGGGAAAGCAUCUGGUCCUCUUCCUCAACCUCCUCAAGAUCAGUUUGACAAUACUUUCUCCAUGAAUCAAGCAAGAUCCAUUAGGUGGAAUGUGUCAGCUAGUGGGGCCCGCCCAAACCCGCAAGGGUCAUUUAGAUACGGGUCUAUAAAUGUGACUGAAGUUUACAUACUUAAAAACAAAGCACCCGUGACAAUUAAUGGGAAAAGAAGGGCAACCCUGAGUGGGAUCUCAUUUGUGAACCCCACCACACCAAUUCGGUUAGCAGAUGAGUUUAAAGUUAAGGGAGCGUAUAAACUUGAUUUUCCAACUGAGCCACUCACGGGACCUUCUAGAAUGGAAACAUCGGUUAUUAAUGGAACAUAUCGUGGAUUUAUGGAAGUUAUAUUACAAAACAAUGAAACCAAAAUGCAUAGCUACCAUGUGGAUGGAUAUGCGUUUUUUGUUGUUGGAAUGGGGUAUGGUGAGUGGACAAGUGAUAGCAGGGGACAAUACAAUAAGUGGGAUGGUAUUGCUCGUGCAACAACACAGGUGUAUCCUGGCGCAUGGACAGCAGUCUUGAUCUCUCUUGACAACGUAGGAAUUUGGAAUCUAAGAACAGAAAAUCUCGACUCAUGGUAUCUUGGUCAAGAAACAUAUAUUAGGAUUGUUAAUCCUGAAAAAAACAACAAAACAGAGUUGCCAAUUCCCGAUAAUGCCCUUUUCUGUGGUGCCCUUAGCCGUAUGCAAAAGCCACAAGAUAUUUCUUCCGGAUUAAAAGGGCAUGGAUCGAUAGUGGUGUUGAGUUUGAGUCUGCUAAUGGCGAUUUUGAGUGGUUUUGUGGUCGUCUUGACCACCGAUUUCAUUUUCUCUUGUCGAGUCGUCGGCGUCAUCAACCUCACCUCCGAGGCUCCAACUUCUUCUCCGCCGCAAGCCAGUCCACUAUCCCACCUUCAUUCAGAAACCGACGGGAAGCCGAAGCCCAAUUGUAGCUGCCAGCUACCAUUUAGGAAUAAAAAUAUCAUGGAGGACAAAACAGUCAAAACAAUCGAUUUUCUUCGUGCACGAUUACUAGCAGAAAGAUCUGUCUCAAGAACAGCAAGACAACGAGCUUACGAAUUGUCAAAAAGGGUAUCAGAGUUAGAAAAGCAGCUGAAAUACAUAUCCCUUCAAAGAAAAAAAGCAGAAAAAGCAACAGUAGAUGUUCUUCUAAUUUUAGAAAACCAUGGCAGAAACGAUCUUUCUGAACAAUUCAAUUCAAGCUCAGAUGAAGACGAAAUAUCCAGUCAGCAUGCUGAAACAGAAACAUCAACACAACUACAACAUGUGAAAUCAAAACCCCAGGAAAGUGAAUUCUCAAGCUCCGAGGUUGAAUCUUCUAGAAGCUUAUCCUGGAAAAGCAGUAAAAAUUCCUCCUCACGUUUUCUUGAAAAAAAAUACACAGAAGCUUCUAGAAGAAGACGUAGUAAUAGCUUUACAUCAACCGGUUCUUCACCAAGACGCGUUGGUAAAUCAUGUCGCCAGAUCAGACACAGAGAACAUAGGGCACAAAAUGAUGACGUGGCACAAAAUGAAGGGCGGGAAAGUGUGAAAAAUGAUGGAAGUGAAAAAGACAUGGAAAGGGCGUUGGAACGUCAAGCUCAAUUUAUAGCGCGAUAUGAAGCAGAGGAAAAGGCUCAAAGAGAAUGGGAGGAUAAAUUUAGAGAGAAUGACUGGUGUGACCCUGGGACCCACUCAGAUGUAACAGAGGAAAGAGACGAAAUUAAGGGUGCAGCUCCUCCGGUAAUACCAUCACCUUGCUGUAAUGACAAAACUACCCCUGGAAGUGGAAGUGAAGAAAUUGAUGCCAAAUUAAGUGAAGAACCCAACAUCAAGAUAGAGACUGAAGACCCAAAGAACAGUGACAUGGACAACAAUGUCUAUGUGUCAGAUAAUCAAAUUCAAAACCAUCCACAGCCUUCAGAUUUCAUCCCAGGACACGUGUCAUCUUCUCAAAACAGUGGCUUGUUGUAUAAAGGUGAACAAACUUCAGGUAAUAAGUCAAAUGAAACUAACGUUGGAACUCAUGAAAAUUCGGGUGAAUUGGGAUCUGUUCUUGAGGCGCUUCAACAGGCUAAAUUAUCACUUAGAUCCCUUGAAAAAAUUCCAUUGUUACAAAAUGGUCCCUCUGUUCCUACGUACAGAUCCAUGGAGAAAUUCCCUGUUCCUUUCAGCUCUGUUGGGCUUUUCAGAUUAAGUUUGACUAGUCAACAACACACUGGGCCUUCUGGAGGUCAACUUGGUCAAUUUAUUACAGAAUCCUUUUCUAGUUCAUCUGCGUCUCUUGAUGAUCGAUUUCGCAUGGUCCCCACCUUCCCUUACCAAGAAACCGGCCCGUCUGCCCUUGACCCAAGAUUCGGUGUGGGCCCACCUGCCCGUGACCCAAGAUUGGAUGUGGGUUUUGGCCUGUCUGCCCGUGAUCCAAGAUUUGAUGUGGGCGCCUGUGACCCAAGAUUGGAUGUGGGUUUUGGCCCGUCUGCCAAUGAUCCAAGAUCAAAUGUGGGUUUGGGCAUGUCUGGCCGUGAUCCAAGAUUUGAUAUGGGUGCCCGUGACCCAAGGUUGGAUGCGGGUUUGGGUCAGGCUGCCCGUGAUUCGCGAUUGGAAAUGGGCCCGACUUUUCAAGCCCGUUCAUUAUAUGGUGAUUAUAUCCGACCAAAUAUGUACAAGUAA